AUUUCACAAACCUCCAUUUUUUUCUUUAUAGGUCCCCCUCCCCCCAGAUGUAACUUAUUUACCAUCUUCUUACUCCUCAUACUUUGCUCAUCCGUUCUCCCUCUGCCACCACUUUCCGAUGGAAAAAACUGACAGAGAAACUCAUGAUUUCAUGAACGUCGAGUCUUUCUCUCAACUUCCUUUCAUCCGUCCAUCACCUCUCAAAGAAAAAGGCAUAAGGCUCUUCGGCAAAGAAUUUGGUGGUGGUGGUGAUUCAGCAGCCAUGAUUUCUGAUGACUUUGACAGUACUAUUGAUGCUUCAGCCGCCACCCAUGAAGAAUCCAAAGAAAUCGGUGAAAGUAGCCGAAAGUUCGAGUGCCAUUACUGUUGCAGAAACUUUCCUACUUCACAAGCCUUAGGUGGCCAUCAAAACGCACAUAAACGAGAACGACAACACGCCAAACGAGCUCACCUCCAGUCAGCGAUGGUUCAUCGGAGCUUCUCCGAAGCACAAAUGUAUGGCCUUAUGAACUACCACCGCUAUGUCACCACAACCGCCAACCCAUCACCACCCUACUACCACCAGGCCACCGGCGCCGCGUCAACCAUCACCAACUAUAAUAACAGAUUCUACGGAGGUAACUCCUCCUACACAUCUCAUCAAACACCCAUCAAUGGCAGUCCAUUGGCCUUAUGGAGAUAUCCAAAUGCCCAGCCAUCAACAUUUAACUAUGACAAUUCAAUCAACACCUCGUCAUUGAUAUCUUCGAAUGACGGGUUAAGGGCGUCAAGAAUCCCUCCAAGCUCUAGUUAUAUGUAUGAUUCAAAGCCGAGCGUUCAAGAUCAAGUUAGUCUUGACUUGCAUCUGUAACAUUACAUCUCAAAACUUCAUAGCCUUAUCUACCAUUUUCGUCUUAUGAGUUUUCUUUAGAAGCAUUUUAUAGAACUACCAUUUCAUUUUUAUGAAAGAUAUGAUGCUCAAGUAGAUAUUCAUCAAA